AGCUCCAACAGAACGUGUUGUUUCGCCAGUAGCGCUGCUGUAAUAAACUAGGCAGCGUUUUCGCUGUUUCUUUUUCUCUCUGCGCGCGUGUAAAAGACUGAGGAGAGGAGCUGAGCGAGCCGUGCAGCAGCUCCACAGAGCUCCACCCCUCCACCCCCUCUCGGAUCUCCCAGCUCGCUUUCUCCAGGAGAAAGACUAGAAAAGAGAGGAAAAACAAGACACUUCUCCACUGCAUGCCUGUGUGUAUAUGUGUGCGCUGUUUGUGAAUCUACCUCUUGAGUAAUACGGGAGUGAGGUCAGCAUAGCAUGACUCAACCUCGGAUAUGCACGCAGUCAUUUCUCUACUACCGCGCUACCCGCUGGGCGCGUGGACACGGCGACCGUCCGAGCUGCUGAACUGGACCGGGCGGAGAGAGAGAGGAGAGAGGAGACGGUUUUCACCAAUGAAUGAGCGACACAAGCAGAGCUCCAGGAGACCCAGUUUGAUUUGAUAUCUUAGAAGCGGUGGAAGACAGUGAAUUUGAAAGAAGACUCAAAGAAAGCCAAUAGACAUGUUUGAGUAUCUGUCAAUUGAUACUGUGGUUUCUGCAAAUGGGAUGCUGCAGUUUUGCACCUUAAAACUCACUUCCAUUCCCACUAUGCUAAGCAGAUUUGGAUGACCACAGACUCUUUGAAACCUUGUGGAUACUUUUGGGGAAUAAAAGUGACGUAGAUAUUUCAUCCCACUGGAGAAAGCUCUGUGUGAUUUGGGGACCUGAACUCUUCUUGCCCCUUCACGAGCCCACUCCAGCCCCCUAUCAGUGUCCUUAUUCAUGAUAGCCAUGAGUCUGCCACCUCAACAGAAACCCAACACAAAGAGGACAGGCAAGCGCAUCACUUUCUUUAACGACCAGGCCGUUGCAAUGAAAGAGGCCUCUCAGCACACAGAGGGCUCCUACUAUGGCCUGGGGGGCCCUCAGUCAGAGCAAAGCCACAGUGAGGCUGGAGCAGUGGAAAGUUCUAACGCUGAGACGCAGCACAUGUACCUCAAUUCUGUUAUUUUCAGCCCAGAGAAGGGAAAUCAAAGUCGUGGACAUUACCAGCAGACCAUGCCCAUGAAGUGGUCACAGCAGGACCCUUCUCAGCAACCUCAGGAGAGGCCUGUGGCGUGGCCCCAUGGUGGCGGUAUGAGUUUUGGUGAAAGUUUUAGAAAGUUCCUGAGCACUCAGCCUGGUUUUACUAAGCAAGUUCAUGAAGGUAUGGCAGUGCCACAGCAGCAGCUGUCCUCCGUAAGAGUAGCGGUAAAGCAACAGCAAUCAUCUAAUACGGGCGGUGAAGCCUUUAGGGAUGCUCCUAAAACCAAUAGGGGUCUGGACUGGGAGCAGCAUCAACAACAAAAUCAUCAGCAGCAGCAAGCCUUUCAGCAGGGCCACAAGCCUGGAGUCUUAAAUCCUCAGCAACAUGUGGCAUCCAACACUGGGAACACAUCAGUGCUCCAACCCUUUCAGUUAGCUUUUGGGCAGCCCAAGCAAAACCUGGGUUACUAUCAGGUGUUUCAGGGUAACAGACCCUUACCAAAUUUGAACUACAGUGCCCAGACAAAUUCCCAACACCAGAUUCAGAACAUACAGAUGCAGCAGCAAGACCACCUGCAGCAACAGCAGCAGAUUCAGAGACUGAUGUUGCAGACGCAGCAGCAGCAACACCAGAUUCAGCAACAGCUUCAACAACAACAGCAUCUCCAUCAGCAGCAGCAGGUACAACAGCAGCAGCAGCUACUGCAGCAGUCACAACAAAUUCCACACUUGCAACAGCAAGCACAGCAGCUAACCCAGAUGCAGCAGCAGUCACAACAAAUACAACAAAUUCAAAUGCAGCAAGUCCAGCCACUACAACAACAACAGCAAGCGCAGCAGCAGCAGUCGCAGCCACAGCAAGGUCAAGCGCAACAGCCGCAAGUUCAAAAGCAGCACAAAGUCGAACCAAUGCAAAAACUGCAACAAAAUCAGAAAGUAAUGGACUAUUACCCUAGUGGCCAACAACCUGCCCCUUCACAAUCUGAACAAUCUAAGUUAACUGAAAAGUCUCAAGAUGAACCACCAUCAACUCGGGCCAAGGACCUCCCUACCCAGCAACCUCCGACUGUUUCUCAGCCAACCUCAGAGGCACAGCAACUGCAACCUGGGCCCCGUAGAUCUCGACGCCUCUCGAAAGAAGGAGGAGGACCCUCUGACAAUCCCUUCCUUGUGCCUGCUGACCACCAGGCGCAAGGCUCUCACAAUGGCGCCCAUGAAGCCGGAGAGGCUGCAGCCAAACAGGGCAUUCGAGCAGCCCCUACAGGAGUCAUCCAGAGCACUCGGCGCAAGAGGAGGGUCUCUCAAGAGGUCAACCUCGAGACUCUGGCUCAGAAGGCCUCAGAGAUGGAGUCCCUACCCUCGCAUAAUGUUAAGGAGGCACACAGACCCUGGAGCCCCUCUGCCUCAGGCCCUGGCCGAGGGGUCAGAGAGAUGGAGGGGGUGAGUGCGAAACGGGCCAGAGAGGAGAAUCUGGUGCCAUUGGUUAUCCCAGUGUCAGUGCCUGUGCAGCGAGCUGAUACUGCUUCCUCAGAUAAGGAUCAGGCCUCUCUCUCGUCAAGCUGGCCUCUGCGGCCUAAUGACUCCGGCCGGCCGGACCACAAACCUUCAGUCAUCGUCACACGCCGGCGCUCACUUCGCAACUCUCUUUCUGAAAGCUCCAGUCAGAAUGGCGGAUCAGAAAGCGGUGGAGAUGGUGAGGGCAAAUCGGGCAAGUCGAAGCGGCGGCCUCGUCCGGAGCCUCUAUUUAUUCCACCGCCCAAACAGGUCACCUUUAUUGCCCCGCCCAUCUACUCCAGCAUCACACCCUACCAGAGCCACCUGCGUUCCCCAGUUCGGCUGGCCGACAACCCCCUCACCCUGCCGCCUUAUACCCCUCCGCCCAUCCUCAGCCCAGUACGAGAGGGCUCAGGACUUUACUUUUCCACUAUCCUCUCUGCUGCAGCAGCAGCUGCCAGUACCCAGGGCCUGCCUCCGCCCGCCACGCCCAAAUCUGCAACCCGCAGCCUCCUACGCUCCAACAGUACAGAAAUCACCCCACCAGUGCUCUCUGCUAUGAGCGAGGCCACUCCUGUCAGCAUUGAGCCGCGUAUAAACAUUGGGCAGAGGUACCAGGCAGAGAUUCCUGAGCUGCGGGAGCGUUCAGCUGCUAAACUCGACUCGCACAAGGCUGAGCUGGUGUGGGCGCCGGUGCCUGAGCUGGAGUCCAAAGGCCAGCAGCAGGAGAGAGUGGAUGACCUCAUGCACCUGGCUUGCUCCAGUGUAUUGCAAGGUGGAGGGACCAACCAGGAGCUAGCCAUGCACUGCCUCUAUGAGUGCAAGGGUGACAUCAUGGGAGCCCUUGCCCUUCUUUUGCUGAAAAAACCCAUCUUUCCCAAAUCUCACCCCCUGGCAGACUACCAUUACUCUGGCUCGGACAGUUGGACGGCCGAGGAGAGACGCUGCUUUAACAAAGGCAUCGCUUCGUGCAAAAAGGACUUCUUCAUGGUGCAGAAAAUGGUAAGCUCCAAAACAGUGGCACAAUGUGUGGAGUUCUACUACACCUAUAAGAAGCAGGUUAAGAUCGGCAAGAAUGGCACACUCCUGUACGGAGAAGCAGAACUACCUGAAACACGGCCCACAGAAGAGGAGGUGGACUAUAAAAGUUCACAGAGAUUUGAAUUGCGAAAGGAGGAAGAAGUAGUCAGGAGGUGGGAAGGGUCGGCUGACAAGAAGAAAGAGAGCAGUCCUGCCAGAGUGGCAGAACCAAUAAAGCCCACUGAAAAUGCUGGGGCGGUAGUGGUAUUGAGGAAUCAGGGGGAUGUAAAGAGGGAACAGACUGUCUUUACGGUCAGCCGUGCUCCACCAGCACCCCCUAAACCUCGGCAAGAGACCCCGGGGCGGAAGACCGGGGCCGGAGCCAAGGCUGCGGUGGCACAGGAGGGAGAGUUCCCCUGCAAAAAGUGUGGCAGGGUGUUCUAUAAGGUGAAGAGCCGCAGUGCUCACAUGAAGAGCCACGCAGAGCAGGAGAAGAAGGCGGCGCUUCUGAAGCAGCGCGAGGCCGAGGAGAAGGCGGCAGCAGCGGCGGCAGCCUUGGCAGCAAGCCACCAAAACGGUGCACGAGGGCAGCAGGUGGGGCUUCGGCGAGCCAGCAGUGAGGACUCCUCAGAUGAGGAUGAGGACGCAGAUGAUGAAGACUGGCACUAACAAACACUGACUGACACUCCUUCUACAUGGAGUAUCAGCGGGCACUUCUGCAGUCGGAGCUGAUACACCCGUGUGUGUGUGCGUGCGUGAAGUGCUGUGCAUUCAGUCCGGAGGCUCAGGCUCUGUUGCUGUGUCCUCAGUGUAGAGCUGCACAAUGUGGACUAAAUGUUUGUGGACACUCCUUUUAAUAAACAUAUUUAGCUGAACCUGUUGGCACCAUGCCUAAUACCCAACACAAGGCUUGAGCUAGAGGGACAUGGAUCUGUGGAGCAGGGGAACUGUAUUCUCUGGAAUGAUGGUUUUUCAUCCACUCCUUUUGAAAGUAGUUGGCCAGUUAGGCAUAAUAUGGGCUGGUGAUCUUCCAAAGUCCAUACAAUCUAAUCCUCAUGGCAAUUCUUUAAAAUUCUUUAAAAUCUAGUAAAAAGUCCUCAGAUCCUCUUGACAAAAGCAUUAUGGGUUCUUAUUGAAAUCUAAAUACUCUUAAUUUCAGAGUAUUUCAGAGUGCAGGUGUCUCAAUACUUUUGCCCAUAUAGUGUAUAUGCCUGGCAUUGUGUGGUACAACAGGAACAUGUUACUGGUUCAUGUGAUAAUAUGAAAAUAUUAAUGUAAAAUUUGUGAGGUAGUGCACGUAUCAGCUGAUACAUAGAUUAUUUAGGAGUUUUGCCGUUUAGAUAAAUAUAAUAAUAUAUUUUUUGGUAAUACAAAUGCAGGGAAAUUAAUAACAUGCAGUAUAAAGUAUUACCUAAACAGUCAGCUGCAUUUAAGAUAUUAAAAUAUCAAUUCAAAAUAUUAGUCAAUUCUUAACAUAUGAAAUAAAAAAAUAAAAUAGUUUAAUUUAAUGUCAGUUCAAAUAUUUGGGGAUGUGCAAAAUCAGGUAUUAUGAGUUCUGAGUGCUUUCAACCUCCACUCAUAUCAAUAUAGUAUCGCAAUACUCAAUAUUUAACAAACAAUAUAUUGUGCAGCCCUACACUCUGGACAUGCAAUAGAUGCACACCUUGAAGGGAUUGUGUGUGUGUAUUAAAGGGAGGGUAAGUGUGUGUAUGAGUGUGUGUGUGUCCUAUAGGCAUUCAGGGUUUUUCUUUCAGGCAUAGGGCUACAGGGAGUACAAGCCUGUGUAUGUAUGUGUGUGUGUGUGUAUGUAGAGAAAUGGAUGGUACAGAGCACUGUCCUUCAGCACUUUCAGACUCCUCUCACACGUACACGCAUUGAUCUGGGUACAGCUCAAGAGGUCCAUCAUGCCCCUCUACGCAACCAAACACAAGCCUCGCUUCGUCCCUUUAUUAUCCACCGUGAAUAAACUGCAGGAUAUGCAGGACAAUGCAGGAACACAAUGACAGACUGGAACAUGUGUUCUUCUAUUUUCUUUUCUAAAAGAAAAGAAUAUAAGUCGCAAUUCACGGUAUUUUUUGCCGGCUCUUUCCCAGUUGACUGCCAAAAGCUUGCACAGCCAUGCUCCUGAUCUUUCUCUGUUUUUUCUAGUGCUGUACCUUUUCUUUUUGGGUUAUGUUUUCUUAUGGCCACAUCGCUGAUGCCUUGGAUGUUCUUGACCAUGUUUUAUCUUUACAUGACAAUCAAUUUUACAAAGGUUCCUUUUUAUAUCCAACAAAGUAUCGUUGUUAUUCAUAUAUUCAUGACUUAUUGUUAUCUUUAUUAUUAUUAUUAUUAUUAUUAUUAUUGUCAUUGUACAGUUUUAUUGUUAUUAUGUAUUGUUUCUUUUUCUAUUUUUAAGUUUGUAGGUGAUAUUUUUAUUUGAAGAUCUUUUUCUCAUUUGACUAUUAGUUUAUUUAAGAUUUAGAUUUAGAUAGUUUGCUACCUGUAUUUGUUUGUAUGUGGGAGUGUGUGUGUGUUUGUGUGUGUGCACGCUGUGUACAGCUUCUUCAUUGGGGUCGGUCAAGAAAAGAUGAUGUGAACUAAUGGCGAAAGUGCAAUAGAACAAUUUCAUUGCUUUAGAACUCUUCAGGCCCAUGUCUUCUCAUCCUCAUCCCCUCUGCAGGUCCAGCUGAACUUGAAUUUAAAGUUGGACCCUAAUUUAUUGUAGCCUAUAUUGAACAAGAGCAUUUAAACAUGUACUUCAUAGAACAGUGGUUCUUAAACUGUGGUACAGCUACCACUGGUGUAUGCAAGGUAUCCCAAGGUGGUACACACAUCUCUCCCAAAUUCCAAAUAAAAAUAUUGUCAGUUGGAGCAUUUAUUGCAGAAAAUGAGAAAUGGCUGAAUUAUCAAAAAAGAUGCAGAGCUUUCAGACCUCAAAUAAUGCUAAGAAAGCAAGUUCAUAUUCAUAAAGUUUAAAGUGUUCAGAAAUCAAUAUUUGGUGGAAUAAUCCUGUUUUUUAAUCACAGUUUUCAUGCAUCUUGGCAUGUUCUCCUCCACCAGUCUUACACGCUGCUUUUGGAUAACUUUAUGCCAAUUCUGGUAUUUGUAAUUGUACACCUGCUUACCCAGUUUCCAUUUGUAUGCAUUUUAUUUGUGGAAAUUGAUUUUUUUUGGAGGAAUGACACUCAAAAGUUUGUCACAAUUUAAACAUAAAAACAUUGCAAAUUAAUGGAGGCUUUAUUUCAUCAUUUUACACAGAAUAAUGCGGGAAAUUUUGAAUAGCCGAUGAAUUACUAGUUCUAUUUUUAUUAUUAAAGCUGCUGUCCUAAAAGUGUUUCUAAUUGGGCACAGUACAAAAUAUAUUAGUCUGGUAGGUUUGGUUGGCCGCAUCAGUUUUUCUGGUCACACAAAAGAGAAUGUGGCAUCGUUUGCUGGGUAGCUAAGCAACUGUAGCAAAAUGAAAUACUCCACAGCACAGAGUUUUGUAACUGUUCUUCUGAAUGCUUGCUGCAUUUACGCAUUCCCACCAGAGAGGUUUCUAAAUCCCCAAAUUAACAAAACUUACAGACUGGCACUUUUUUGGUAUUACAGAUAUACACUGCUUUUUUUUUUUUUUUUUUACAUUAUUCAUCAUAUCGAAUGGUUUUGGAUCGUAUAUUGCAAUUAAUAUUAAUAUAAGAGUUCGUAACCAUAUCGCCAAGACCCAGUGGUACGUGACCUAAAUGUUUGGGAACCACUCUAUAUAGAAAAUUCAGAACAAAUUUGUGUUCUUGUAGCUGUAUAAUGAAGCAGAACGCACUUGAAUGUCUAGAGUCUGGUGAAGAGCCUUUUCCCUUCACUGCUUCUCUCGGACUGUCCACUAGUUCAGCACUUGGUUUUGUCUCCAAUGGCAACAGAGAGGCUGCUAAGUAACGACAACUACCCACACCCCCCCAUCCCCUCUGCUUCCCAACCUUACCACACAACAUCCCUUCUCCUUUACAAACGGCUGCUCUAGGAGAGUAUCAGAUUAACGGCUACAAUUACUGCUAAUCACACUCAAGUCGACUAUGCACUGUGUUUGUGUUUGCAUGCGUGCCUGUCUGUUUGUGUUGAAGUGUGAGUGAGUGAGUGAGUGAGUGAGUGUGUGUUUGUGUUGCACUGUGGCUGUGAGUGUGUGUUUGUACACAUGUGCAUAUGCACCUGUGUGAGUGUGUAGUUGUUGCGCCAGAAAUUAAAACUGUUUCAGAUUCUGAGCCAAGUGAGAAAAAGAAGCUUCCUGGUCUCUUUAGCAUUUUUCUUGUUUUUCUUUUUUCCAAUUCUGUGUUUGUAAAAAAAAAAAAAAAAAAAAAAAGAACAUUGUGAAGAACAUAACUUGCUCCUUUAUCAGGGCAGGAGAUUUAUUGUGUUAAAAGUGGUCUAGCCAAGAUUUUUUUAUUUUAUUUUAUUUUAAACACCAGAAAUGUUAAAUUAAAUAAAUGCAGGACUUGCUGCCACGGAGCCACUCUUCUCGCUUUCAUUCAGCCAAGGGAUAUAAAUAUAUAUAUUCAAAUAUAUGUAUACAAAUGUAAAGAAACAAAUUGUAUACUUUCUAUGCUAUUUUCAUAGGGCCUCAUACACUAAUGCUGACCGUGGACAGAAAUCUCAAGUGCUUUUUACUACAGUAUAACUUAUUUCUGUUUAAAUUUGAUUAUCACUUGUUGUUUUGGAAUAUUAAAUAUGAUUAAAAACAA